CGGUUUAAUGUUAGGUUUGAAAUGGCGGACCAAUUGUUUACGGGCUUGGAGUCGCAGCUCAGGAAGGUGAAUGGAGAUUCAGUGCAAAGUGAAAUGGGUGUAAGAGCGAAGGGCGCGACGAGUCAAACGUCUGGUGGAGCCAAAGCCGAUCUCCGGAAUCUCGAACGAACAGCGAACCACUGGAUUUUGGAGUUUAACUUCCACUGUGCACUUCAGGCUUUUCGAGAUGGCGAGUAUGAGGACUUCUACGCCAUCCUGGACGUGAUAACAGCUGUCCUAAAUCGACCAUACAAUGAUACGGAGGAGAUUGGAACGAAACUGCUAACAAUACAAUUUCUCUCCAAAUUUGAAAGUGAUACCUUUCCACUGGGAUCUAUUUUAACAAUUUUGGGCCAGAUGAAGACAGAAUUAACACUGGAUGAGGAUUUGUUCGAAGAAGUCAGAGAGGCUGUGGUGAAGCAGGCUGUGGUUGAAUCUAUUAAGAAUAGACGUUUUCGAGAAGCAUCUACGAUAUUGGAACGGCAUCUGAAUAAGGAUACUGCUCACCAGAAAUUGCUUUCAGCAAUUAUUAAGGAGAAGAAUUCAUCUCAUCCAGAUCUGGACCUCUUUCCAUACAGCAACUUGAAAAAGAGGAUGUUGUGUUUUGCAGAAAGCCUAAUAGGCAAUGCCGUGCCAUUUCUUCUUCGCAGAGCAGAGAAAUCCACUUCAACCAUUCCAGAGAUACAAAAAGAUGUAAUAUUGACCCGUGUUCAAGUAGAGAAUCAGAACAUGCUGACUUCCGAUGGAAAUAAAUGCCUAUCAAGGACAGGGGAUGAAUGUUGCGUCUGUUCAAGCAGGGUGGAGGAAGCACAGCCUGGCUUCCCUUGCAGUUUCACAGCCCUGCAAACUGCAUUCUGUGCCCUGCAUAAAUCAACACUGGAUCCAUUGGCAUUGUUUGAAAAGAUGGACAUGUCCGAUUUUAACGUGUGUGAAAGCAGAGAAAUGCAAUGUAGGACACGAAGUAAGAAGCAGAAAACCAAGGCAAAGGAGAUUCAACGAUUCAAAAAACCUAGUGCAAAUUGCAUACAGGCUGUGUCUCGGUUUGUUAUAGAUCCAGACAGUCAGGAUGAGGUAGAAUGUCCUGAUACCGUAUCUGAUGGCAGAAAAACGAUUCACAAUGAUAGAGAGAGUCCCACUAAGUCGCACAAUGGAAAUGGUGCUUUUAAAGAAAUUAUGAAUCAAGAAACCAGCCUGAAUGUCAAGAGGCAAAAGCUCUUCAAUCAUCCAGGUAUAGUUGAGAAGAAGGAAGACUGGAGUGAUGAAGAAUUACUUUUUGGCGUACCUCGAAAUAAUUCAAUCCAGAAUGGAAGAACUUCACCAACAGAGAGUACUUUUUCAUGCUCAAGCAAACGUCAGAAAUGGACAAUUGAAGAAAGUGAAUGGAUUAAACAGGGUGUACAAAAAUUUGGAGUGGGAAAUUGGCUGAAGAUCCUGAAGCAUUACCCAUUUUGUGAUCGUACUAGUGUCACGAUUAAAGAUCGAUGGAGGACAAUGCAAAAGCUAAGCGCGACUUAAAGAAUUUGCUCUUUAUAGAAUUUUAACUAUUUUCCAGAUAUAAAAAGUAAAACAUGUUAAUUUUGUAUUAUAGAAGACUAUUCUUUUGUAUCUACUGUUGCAAUGUUUCAUGUGAGAAUAAUUUGUUGACGCUAUUUUGUGUGCUUAAUAUGUGUACUGAUACAAAUAUUUUAAUCUAGAAAACCUCUGCAAAACCUCUGAAGAAAUAAAAGAAUUUAGGCUUUUUUUCCUGCAUAAGAUUUUUAAUUUUGUGAACUAUAUCCAUUUUGACUUGUAAUACUUAAUGUAAAUGUGCAGUGCAUACAGACAUUUGAAGCUUAAUCAUCAGAUAAUAAAAAUGUGAAACCA